CCCAGACCCAUCUUCAGGUCCACUAUGAAGCAUCCCAUUCUGUUGCUUGAACUUCUUAUAGUAGCAUACUUCAGUGAUUCUCAAGCUGAAAAUUCCUUCUCACAAUACUGGGAAGAGCAUAUUGAUCUUCUACACCCUCCAUAUUGGUUAGCUGCAAAGGCUUCUCCAUUAAACCUCCAUCAAACAACAAUGUUUAUGAAACUUAUGGAUGGAAAUGAAUUGUCUUCCCACUUGCAUUCAUUUUGUAAGCAGGCUAAUGUUGUUUGUUCUACAAAUGUAGUAGUAAAGAAGACAACAACAAAUGACACAACUCUGCCACCAAUAGCCCAAUGGAAUGCCAUCAGAGCAGAAUAUGAUCGCGUUCCAAAGGAAGUUUCCAGUCGAGGGGGAUUGCAAUUUUUCCGAGAAUCAAUGAUGAAAGAUGGAGGUUUCAUAUCUGUCCCUGAUCUAAGGGAUCCAAUGUCAUAUAAAUCAUUCUUGCCGCGAUCUUUAUCAUCAAAAAUCCCAUUUUCUUUUGCCCGGAUCAAGGAAUUAAAGAAGAUUUUUGGUGUGGCGGAUGAAUCGAACAUGAAUAAGUUUAUUCAGGACACCCUCAAGUUAUGUGAGAAGAGGCCUAAUCGAUGCGAGCAAAGCAUCUGUGCGAUUUCUGCUGAGGAUCUCAUUGAUUUUGUUGUCGAGAAAUUUGGACACAAUGUACGUGUAUGGAGUACUGAAAAUGUCGAUGGAUCUUAUGAGAAUGUCACAAUUGGUUCUGUUAAACUCAUCCAUGGAAACCUCUCCCAACCACCAGCCUUAUGUCAUAGUUUACCAUUCCCAUUUCAAGUCUAUUAUUGCCAUGUUUUGCAAAAAGUAAAAAUAUAUGAUGUUGACAUAUAUGCUAGGGAGAAAGUGAAUCAUAUGAUCAUGGCAUGCCACUAUGACACAUCAACUUGGAAUCCAAACCAUCUUGCUUUUAAGCUAUUAGGUUUUGGCCCAGGCCUAAUUGAAGUUUGUCACUGGAUGAAUGAGAAUGGAGUGGUCUGGACAAAGAGUUUAGGUUGAGCAACAUUUGAAGAUUUGAUCAUGUUGUGCUCUGUUUGUUUUACUUGUUACUACUUUUGCUAUGUGUAGGUUAAGUACAGAAGGACAAGUCUUCCCAUGUUUUAAGGUGACAGAGAUGUGGCAAUGGCAAUUCUCACUAUUGGGUUGGCCACUUGUCAAAAUUUUCACUCAUAUUAAUUGCAUACAAGUAUACCUUUCUAUCA